CCCAAGAUGCGGCUGCCGUGGGGGCUGCUGGUCCUGCAGCCCUUCCUGAUGUGCCUCGCAGACCACCCCACGCUGCGUGGCCCGGUGUUUCUCCGCGAGCCCAGCCCAGUCAUGUUCCCGGUGGACUCGGAGGAGCGGAAGGUGCAGCUCAGCUGUGAGGUGAAGGGGGACCCCCAGCCCCACGUCAGGUGGACGUUAAAUGGGACCGAUGUUGACACUGGCAUGGAUUUCCGCUACAGUGUCGUUGAAGGCAGCCUGUUGAUCAAUAACCCAAAUAAAACCCAGGAUGCCGGCACGUACCAGUGCAUCGCGGCCAACUCGUUCGGAACAAUCGUCAGCAGAGAAGCCAAGCUCCAGUUUGCCUAUCUCGAGAACUUCCAGACGCGAGCGAGGAGCCCCGUGUCUGUGCGGCAGGGCCAGGGCGUGGUGCUGCUGUGCGGGCCACCUGCGCACUCUGGAGAGCUGAGCUACGCCUGGAUCUUCAACGACUACCCUUCCCCCCAGGACGGCCGCCGCUUCGUCUCCCAGGAAACCGGGAACCUGUACAUCGCCAAGGUGGAGAGGUCGGACGUGGGCAACUACACCUGUGUGGUCACCAACACGGUGACCAACCACAAGGUCCUGGGGCCCCCCACGCCGCUCAUCCUCAGGAAUGACGGUGUCAUGGGCGAAUAUGAACCCAAGAUCGAGGUGCAGCUGCCCGACACGGUGGCCACAGCCAGAGGGAGCAGUGCCCGGCUGGAAUGCUUCGCCCUGGGCAACCCAGUGCCAUCCAUCACGUGGAGAAGGGCUGACGGGCGGCCCAUCGCCAAGAAAGCCAGAAGACACAAGUCGAACGGGAUUCUCGAGAUCCCCAACUUCCAGCAGGACGACGCCGGCGCAUACGAGUGCGUGGCUGAAAACUCAAGAGGGAAAAACAUCGCGAGGGGCCAGUUGACGUUUUAUGCCCAGCCGAACUGGACGCAGAAGAUCCACGACCUGCAGGUGGCCAUGGAGGAGAGCGUGUCCUGGGAGUGCAGGGCCGGCGGCAGGCCCCGGCCGUCCUACCGCUGGCUGAAGAACGGAGAGCCGCUGCUGCCACGGGAGGGGGUCCAGGUGGAGCAGGGCACGCUCAACAUCACCACGGUGAACCUGUCGGACGCGGGCAUGUACCAGUGCGUGGCAGAGAACAAGCACGGUGCCAUCUUCUCCAGCGCGGAGCUCAGCGUCCUCGCUGCAGGCCCGGAUUUCUCGAGGACCCUCUUAAAAAGGGUCACUCUUGUCAAAGUGGGCGGUGAGGUGGUCAUCGAGUGCAAGCCCAAGGCCUCGCCCAGGCCUGUCUACACCUGGCGGAAAGGACGGGACAGGCUGAGAGAAAGUGCAAGAGUGACCCUUUCUGAAGACGGAAGCCUCCGAAUCAGGAACGUGACCAAGUCGGAUGCCGGCAGCUACACCUGUGUCGCCACGAACCAGUUCGGCAGUGCCAGCAGUACCGGGAACUUGGUGGUAAAAGACCCGACCCGGGUGAUGGUGCCGCCUUCCAGCAUGGACGUAACGGUGGGCGAGAGCAUUGUCCUGCCCUGCCAGGUCACCCAUGACCACUCGCUGGACAUCGUGUUCACUUGGUCCUUCAACGGCCACCCCAUUGACUUCGACAGAGACGGGGACCACUUUGAGAGAGUCGGGGGGCAGGAUUCCGCCGGCGACCUGAUGAUCCGAAACAUCCAGCUCAAGCACGCGGGCAGGUACGUCUGCACCGUGCAGACCAGCGUGGACCAGCUCUCCGCCACCGCCGCCCUCAUCGUCAGAGGCCCCCCGGGCCCGCCAGAGGCCGUGACCAUCGACGAGAUCACAGACACCACGGCCCAGCUGUCGUGGCGAGCCGGGCCCGACAACCACAGCCCCGUCACCCUGUACGUGAUCCAGGCCAGGACGCCCUUCUCCGUGGGCUGGCAGGCCGCCAGCACAGUCCCGGAGCUUAUCGACGGCAAGACCUUCACGGCGACCGUGGUGGGCCUGAACCCCUGGGUGGAGUACGAGUUCCGCGCGGUGGCCGCCAACGCCAUCGGCAUUGGGGAGCCCAGCCAGCCCUCGGAGAGGCGCAGGACAGAGGAGGCCCUCCCUGAAGUCACCCCCGCCAACGUCAGCGGAGGCGGAGGCAGCAAGUCGGAACUGGUCAUCACGUGGGAGACGGUGCCCGAGGAGCUGCAGAACGGCCGCGGCUUCGGCUACGUGGUGGCCUUCCGGCCGUCCGGCAAGGCCGUGUGGAUGCUGACCGUGCUGGCCUCGGCCGACGCCUCCAGAUACGUGUUCCGGAACGAGAGCGUGCGGCCCUUCUCCCCGUUCGAGGUCAAGGUGGGCGUCUUCAACAACAAGGGCGAAGGCCCCUUCAGCCCCGCCACGGUGGUCUACUCUGCAGAGGAAGAGCCCACCAGACCACCGGCCAGCAUCUUCGCCAGGAGCCUGUCGGCCACAGACAUCGAGGUUUUCUGGGCUUCCCCUCUGGAGAAGAACCGGGGCCGGAUCCAAGGCUACGAGGUUAAAUACUGGAGACAUGAUGACAAGGAAGAAAAUGCUAGAAAAAUACGAACCGUUGGCAACCAAACUUCGACAAAGAUCAGCAACUUGAAAGGCAGUGCUCUCUACCACCUGGCCGUCAAAGCGUACAACUCCGCGGGGACGGGCCCGUCCAGUGCCACCGUCAAUGUGACCACCAGAAAGCCACCCCCCAGCCAGCCCCCUGGGAACAUCAUAUGGAACUCGUCAGACUCCAAAAUCAUCCUCAACUGGGACCAAGUCAAGGCCCAGGACAAUGAGUCCGAGGUGAAAGGGUACAAGGUCCUGUACCGGUGGAACAGGCAGAGCAGCACGUCGGUCAUCGAGACCAACCAGACGUCAGUGGAGCUGUCGCUGCCGCUGGAGGAGGACUACAUCGUGGAGAUCCGGCCACUGAGCGACGGCGGCGAGGGCAGCAGCAGCGAGCAGAUCCGCAUUCCCAAGAUCUCCAACGCCUACGCGCGGGGAGCUGGCCCGUCCACGUCCAGCGCCUGCACACUGUCGGCCAUCAGCACCAUCAUGAUCUCCCUCACGGCCAGGUCCAGCUUAUGACGAAAGCCUCCCGCGGGACUCUCGGGCCCAAGCGACACUUAGCUAGUGGUUUUGAAGACUCCCAGUACUAAGUAAUAUUGUUGUCCGAGUACAUCUUAUUACUGGAAAAAAAAAUAUGUUGUUUGCUUCUUUAGGAA